AUGGCUUUGGAUUUGCGAAGUCGAACCCUCGCCAGGAAAAGCCCAGAAGCAGCGGGGUCACCGAGAUACGUGGUCCAUACUACUCUAUUAUGGGGAAGCGAUAUCUUGCGGACGUCCUGGACACGUUCGUUUUCAUUGUUUCAGGAGAAACAACUACGCGAACUAAUUGACCUGGCCCAUGACCAUGGAGUUUAUGUCUCAACUGGCGGAUGGGCUGAGCACCUUCUCACCCACCUUGAUCCGAAUGCCGUCUUCGACCGGUAUCUGAGUAAAUGCAAAGACCUGGGCUUCGAUGUCAUUGAGUUAUCCUCAGGGUUCCUCUCCUUCCCCGAAGACGACUGGCUUCGUCUAGUGGACAAAGUCCAAUCAUAUAAACUCGAGCCCAAGCCCGAGUUGGGUAUUCAGUUCGGCGCUGGUGGCGACACCCCUGCAGCUGGGCUCGAAUCGAUUGGAAGUUCUGAUCCAGGAAAGUUGGUCAACUUGGGUCACAAGUUCCUCGAUGCAGGGGUCAAGCGUCUCAUGAUAGAGUCUGAGGGCAUCACCGAGAAUGUCAAUUCUUGGCGAACAGAUGUAGUCUCAACAAUCAUGAAAGAACUUCUCGUAGAGCGUGUGAUGUUUGAAGCGGCAGAUCCCAAGGUGUUCAACUGGUAUAUCCGGGAGUUUGGUAUCGAUGUUAAUUUAUUUGUGGAUCAUAGCCAGAUCGUGCAGUUGACGUGCCUGCGAUCGGGUAUUUGGGGCACUGCGGACACUUGGGGCAAGAUUGUGACUUUCAGACCAAACCAGACUAAGUAA